UCUCAGCUCCAACGGUUCAUUUCGAGCAGGGCGCAGCGAAGGCCACACGGUUUGUUCAAUCUCCACGGUAUGGGCAGCCUGGUACGGGUAGGCACCAGAUGUACAGGAGCGGCUUGCGACUGAGAAGCCAAAAAGGAGAUAAAGAGAGAAAGGGUUUUAGCGGCGUCACAUUUCGUCGCUGGGUGACGGCUAGCACCGGCGGCCUCUCACUUCACGGCGUCGAGACUUCUCGAGUCACAAUGCCGAAGAUGUUCGGCUUCUCUCGCCGUCGAACGAAGCUUGGGAGGCCAAAAGUGGGCGAUCCUUCCCAGGGGCCCCAGAGCCCUGUCCGCCCCACCAAAAGCUCAUCGCAGAUCAAUGAAGACUCUUUGGUUGGGGCGUCGGCUAGUGGCCGGUCGGAGGAUCAUUACUGCGAUUGCUCUAUGGCUGGAUUGGGCAUCAGUAAGUGUGGCGUUGGAUGUUCUGAGAACUGGAUGGUGUUGCCGACAACAGGGGACAAACCAGCUCCUCGAUUUCAACAUGCAGCGGCUGUUGUUGGGAGUAAAAUGGUGGUGGUUGGUGGGGAUUCUGGCAAUGGGAUGCUGGAUGAUACAAUGAUACUUAGUCUGGACAAACUUUGUUGGGCUCCUGCUUCCAAGAUCUACCGUUCGCCAGCUGGGUUGAAAAUCCCUGCAUGUAAAAAUCAUUGUUUGGUCUCUUGGGGAAAGUUGGUACUUCUGGUUGGAGGCACAACUGACCCUCACAGUGAUGGAGUAGUAGUCUGGUCCUUCGAUGUAGAUGCUGAAUGCUGGUCUCAUGUGGAAGUGAAGGGUGAUGUUCCGGCUGCUCGUAGUGGUCAUACUGUCAUCAGAGCAGGUUCAAUCCUGAUUCUUUUUGGGGGCCAAGAUACUAAAGGGAGAAAACUUAACGACCUCCACAUGUUUGAUCUGAAAUCUUCAACAUGGCUUCCAUUGCAUUACACAGGAGCUGGGCCAUCUCCAAGAUCAAACCAUGUAGCUGCUCUUUAUGAUGAUAGAUUUCUUUUUGUGUUUGGAGGGCAAUCAAAGUCCAGGAUUCUGAAUGAUCUCUACUCUCUUGACUUUGAAACAAUGGUAUGGUCAAAAAUAAAGAUCAAAGGUCAUCAUCCAUCACCUAGGGCUGGCUGCAGUGGCAUCCUUUGUGGAAAUAGAUGGUAUAUUGUUGGUGGCGGAAGCAAGAAAAAACGAUAUGCCGAAACCUUGGUCUUUGAUGUUUCAAAAGUUGAGUGGUCUGUUUCUGUUACAUCAUCUAAUGACUCUAUAGCUACUAGUAAAGGAUUUAGUUUGGUCUCUGUGCAUCACAAUGACAAGCUAUUUCUAGUUGCUUUUGGAGGAAACAGAAAAGAGCUAUCAAAUCAGACUGAAAUAUUGGUAAUGGUAAAAAAUGAGCAUUCAAUGAGCUGGAGAUGUGUACCAGGUGCUGAUGUUUUACCCUAUGAGGAUAGCUUAGGAAACCCCAAAGAUCUUGCUGCUCAUGUCAGCAGCAAUCCUCAACCGCGUUCGCUUGGGAGAUUUGGUGUUGCUUCUGCGGUGGAGCAUCAUGCUUCUGGUAGGAAAUCGCUGUCUGAUUCAUCUAUUGAUCCAAAUGCUAGUUCUGGCACUAUUUCGCUUCGCAGGCAAUUUCAUAAUGAGGAAGAGUACAAUGCUAAACACAAGAUGCAUAAAACUCCUGAAGAGGACAAAUAUAAGGUGUCUAAUUGUGCCUCAGAACGGCAUAAUCCAAGCUCACAGGCGGUGGACGUUAUGCACAAGCCACAAGAAACUACAGUUAAGGUGGAUAUAGCAGGGAUUCUAGCAUCCUCAGAAGAGAAUUCAGUAAUAUUCAACAGUGAUAAUUCCCUUCCACGUCAGAAGCCAGGAGAUUCUUGCCACCCAUCGUGCAGUGAUCACAUUGCACAGGCAGAACCUGUUGAUGUUGAAGCAGUUCCUCUCUCGAACCCGGCAAAUAUCUAUCAAUUGUAUGAAACAAAGGUUGCUAACUUGGUAAGGAAAAAUGCCCUGCUCGAAGGGCAACUUUCCACUUCAUUGGCGAAUCAAGAAGCUACUGAGAAAAACCUGUCGUUAGUUCUGAAAGGAAAGCAGGAAACAGAGAAAAAGCUCAAUGACACUCUGAAGGAAGUUGAUUUGUUGAAAGAGAAGUUGACAAAUUUGGAACUAAUUCAGGAAGAGGCAAAUAGUGUCUCCAACUUGGUUCACUCUGAUAAUGUGAGGCUUGAGCAUGAUGUAGCUUUUCUUAAAGCAGUUUUAGAUGAUACCCAAAAGGAGCUGCACUCUACUAGGGGAGUACUUGCUGGAGAAAGAGCAAGAGCCUUUCAGCUUCAGGUAGAAGUUUUUCACCUGAAGCAAAGAUUGCAUUCUUUUGAGAACAGGGCACCAACGCCUAGAAAACCUUUCCACAUGUAGAUUCAAGACAAGGCAUUAUCUUUCUUUUCUAUUUUGACUAAAAAAUCUGUAUAGAUUUCGACUGAAAGAUUGAUUGCUGGAAUUAUGAUGAGUUCUGUACUUUAAGUUUUA